AUGGCAAAGUAUUGAAAAUAUAAAUAUGUUUAAAAAUGCUUAACGUUUAAUAUAAAAUAAAUUUAUAAAUCAAAAAGUCUCUGUUUCGAAAUUUAUUUUGAAAAAAUUUGAUUACUCGUUAGACACAUACUUUAACUAUAUCUCUGCUUAAUAAAUUUAGUCCCGUAAUAAUUUCGAUUAAUUAGAUGAAAUAGAUAUUUGCUAAAAACUGGAAUACAUGCUCAAUUCGUUCAUCUUCAAGAAGUUUUCUAACCGGUUUUCACGAAACCUUGAACCAUAUAACAUGAUUCAGUUCGAUCUUUUACGCGAAAUGAAGUUUUCCUUGCCAGUUGCUUUCAAAAUACCUUUUUUUUUUCGUGAAUUCUAUGUAUCGAUUCUUCAUUCAAUGAUAUCAAUAUUUAUCAAUUAUUAUUUUGAUUUAAAUAAAAAUCACGAAUAGACAAAAUAUGCAAUCGACAGUGAAAGGUAAAUAAUUUAACUUUACUGAUAUUCUUAAAUUUCACGUUCUCAACUCUCGCUUUAACAUUGAUGAAGAAAAUAUUUUAACGUUUUUAAGAAAAUCAUUGAUGUAACAUUGAAACGAGAAAGAAUCAAUAACAUCUCACAUGUAGGAAUUUUUUACGUACAUUUAGGAAAUUUUCUAACGACAGAAAAAUACAAUUCAAUAACCUGAGAGAGAUAGACUUAACUAAUAUAUAUACCUGCAGUGUAUCUACCUAAUAUAUACCUAUCCAACUUGUCUAUCCCGUCUAACUAUCCAACCAAGAGUUAACUGUAUCUAAUUUUCCUCAAGAUAGAAUUAAAACAAUUAACUUUUCACAUUUAAGAAUUUUUUAUUCACAUUUUAGGAAAUUUUUUAAUGAUAGAUAUGAUUCGGCCAUUCAAAGAUGCAAUAGAGUUAACGACAUAUGUAUAUCUGAUUUACCUCAGGACAAAAUUGAAAAAGGAGAGAGGCAGGUCGAGAAAGGUGAAGGAUAUUACAUGUUGGAAAAAACCUAAGUAAAGAGAAAUUCUGAAAAAGUAUAGGUCACUGAGAAAAGUUUAAUCUUCAAGGUUAUUGCUAAUAACACACUAAUAAUGCGCUGACUAGUUAAUACUUUUGUUAAAUAUACAAGAAAGUAUGAAGCAAAUUAUUUUUUGUGCUCCAGUGAUUUCACAAGACAGGUUUCUUGAGAGGGCUGGGAUUCCCAGAAAUGUAAUAGCAACGCUAAUAAUGUAAUAAAGUAAAAGAAGCAUACAAACUAUAUGACAUAAAUUUAAUUAACUCUAUACUAUGUAAUAUAAUUAAACAAAGAAAUUGUAAUAAUAUAGAAGAUAUUUUCUAUGGUGCGUGCACAGAUGAAAAAAAUAAAACAAAUUUUAUUUCGUAAUUAUGUAAAAUAGAUUCUUCCGUAUCUAGACCCUUAUUAUACAAGCAUCCGGAUGUUCUACUUUCUGAAUGUAAUAUUUAGUAAUAACGUAAUAUCCUGUAUAAAUAAUAUUAUGUUAUUAUACGUAUAUACUGUAAUUCUCAUAUUUGCAAAAAAAUCUUUACUAAAACAUAUUAAACAUGGAAACACAUUUUUUUAUUUUACAGGUAGAUUGUCAGCAAUAUUCAUAGGAGUUUUAACGCUUGUAAUUGGUAUUAUAUUAAGCAGUAUACCUUGGGUAGAUUAUAUCAUAUUAAAGGUAUGUACAAUUCAAAGAAAUAUUAAUUCAAGUUUUUCAUAUUACUAUUACUUUUUGAUUUAUUAUCUUGUUUUAGCAUUUAGUUUCUAUAUCAGUUAUGCAGACUAAUGUUAUGUAGACAUUUAAAAUAGUUAUUAAAUAAUAUUAAACCUAUUUAUCAAGUUUAAUCACUCAAUUAAUUCUUAUCUCAUUAGACUCGCAAUUUUAUUGAAUUAAUAAACAAAUACUGUUUGACAAAUCAUAUGACUUAUAUAGUCAUUAAUAUUUAUCAUGCCACUAGACAAGCACAAUUAUUAUUAAUACGUCCUUUAUGAACGGCAAUAUUUAAUGAUUUAAACAUCUCGAGACGUAAUCAUCGUUUAGAAAAACUUAAUUUCAAGUUUGUUUUUAUGAUUAAUAACAGUGUGAAACGUAAAAAAAUUAUAUAGGAGAUGAAGAAUGAACUGUAAUAAAUUACAACGUUUCAUUGAAAAUAUAUAAAUCGUUAUAAGAAAAAAAUAAAAUAUAAAAAAAUAAAAAUAAAUUUUUAUGAAAAUAAAUUAAAUUUUUAAUUUGACCAAUAAAUAGUUACAUUCAUAUAACGUUCUUCUUUCACAAUAAACAGUAGUAUUAUUAAACGAUAAAUUUACUUCAUGUGCAUAAAUCACGAUUAUUUUUUAAUAUUUCUAAUAUUUUUGAUUUCUCUAGUUCGAAUGUAUCAUAUAUAUACACAAAUCGUAAAAUAAUAUUAACAAAAAGCGGAAAUUAUUUUGUACUUUCACACAGAGAACAAGUUACAUUAACACAUGAUUUAUUCCACUGACAAUGACUCCUACAUCAAUUUUCAAUUAUACUAAGUUCUGAAACUAAGUUUCCGUGUUUAUACUAUUCCAUAUAUCGAUUGUUCUUGUCAAAUCCGAAAAUUUUCAUUUCAUUUUCUUCCUACAAAAUAAAUACAUAUUCAUAUUUUGAAUUAUCAAACAUUUAACAAUUAAACAUGUAGAUAUUACGUGUACAAUAAAUUUUUAAAAGAUAGAUGAAAUUUAAUUGCUUUUUUCGAUUAAAAUACAUAACGUUCAUAUUUUUGAAAUAAAAGUAGAAAAUUAAAAAAUUUAGAAAUUUUAAGUUUAAUUUCAGAAAUUGAAAAAAAAAACAUAA